AUGGCAAUUGAAGAAAGCACAUUGGAUUCUCCUAAUCCGCUACUCGAUUCAACCAACCCGCUUUACAUGCAUCCAUCCGAAAAUGCAGGCUUCAUAAAUGGGAAGUGUGGGAAACCAGACCCAAAGGAUCCCACUUUUGAUCAAUGGGAACAGUGCGAUAAUGUAGUGACCUCGUGGAUUUUGAAUUCUCUCUCAAAGGAUCUGGCAGACAGUCUACAGUAUGUACACGAUCCCAAGGAGCUUUGGCAGGAGUUGGAGGAUAGAUAUGAUCAAGCCAAUGGGGCAAAACUACAUCAAUUUCAAAAAGAAAUCAUUGAUUUGAGUCAAGGAGCACUCGACAUUACAGGGUACUACACUAAGAUGAAGAAGUUGUGGGAAGAACUGAACACCUUGAAUGCACAUGCUCAAUGCAAGUGCCAUUGUACUUGUGGUGCCAAGGCAAAUAUGCAGAAAGCUGAGCAGGACAGGAGGUUAAUUCAAUUUUUAAUGGGCUUAAAUGAGGUGUACAUUGUUGUGAGGGGAAACAUCCUGAUGAUGAAUCCCUUGCCGUCCUUGGCACAAGCAUUUGCCAUUCUCAUCCAGGAGGAGAAGCAAAAGGAGGGGAAGCCAAGUAAUCAAUUGAUCAUUGACUCCACUUCUUUGAGUGUGAACAUGACGGGAAAUAACAACUUCAGAACUAGUUAUGGUCAACAAGGAAAUGGACCCGGAGGGAGUUCCUACACAAACUACAACCAGUCGAGUGGCACUGGGAGCAAUAGUUUCAAGGGAAAUUACUCCACAAACAGGCCUCAACCAGUUUGUGAUUACUGCAAGAGGCCAGGGCACACCAAGGAUAGGUGCCACAAGCUUCAUGGUUAUCCGCAAGAAUCCAAGUUCAAUAAGGGAAAACGAGUGGCUGCCAAUGUGUUUAGAGAUUAUGGUGAUAAGGAUACUGAUAUAGGAGAUGGGGAAAGGCUACAGACUCAAGAAGAGGGGCGAAUGAUGCCGAAUCUUACCAAAGAACAUACAAUUAGCUCAUCAGCAUCCUAG